AUGGAAGACAAUGAGUUUACGGAGCUGCAGCUCCCAGAGUCACGAGUUUUGAUUAUCAUCACAGGUGGGACAAUGUGCAUGCGGAAGUCUAAGGAUGGUCUCGUUCCCGCAAAGGGCUUCUUGAAGUCAGGUCUUGCACCGCGGCCGGUAUUCAAUGAUGGCUCCUAUCCGGAACCCUUGGAGAUUGUGACAGAUGCGAAGGGCACACGCAAGGCCGUGCAAAGCUUACGCACGCCUGUCAGCACAUAUGAGCGCCGUGUCAGGUACUGUGUGCUCGAGUUCGAGAAGCUGCUGGACAGCAGCUCGAUCAACGCGCAAGACUGGGAUCAAAUCGCAAGAACCGUUCAAAGGAACUACCAGCUCUUUGACGGAUUCGUCAUCCUGCACGGUACAGACUCGCUGGCUUACACUGCAAGCGCAUUAAGCUUUAUGUUUCACAACUUGGGCAAGCCAGUCAUCCUCACAGGCAGCCAGGCACCCAUGAUGGAGUUGCAGACAGAUGCUCAAGAUAACCUGCUGAACUCACUCAUCAUCGCUGGUCAUUUCAUGAUUCCAGAAGUCUGUCUGUUCUUCAACUUCAAGCUCUUCCGAGGCAACAGGUCUAAGAAGAUCUCAGCCGAGAGCUUUGAUGCGUUUGGCAGUCCGAACAUGGUACCUUUGGCUACUGUAUCUUCAACGAGGACAAAUGUGCUUUGGCACAGAGUUCAUCGGUCAACGGACCUCGACCCCUUCAGCAUACAGGAGAAUUUGGACACAGCACAUGUCGUUGUGCUCCGGGUCUUCCCUGGUAUGACGCCUGCCAUGGUGGAUGCGGUGCUCCAUUUGGAAGGCCUCAAGGGGCUUAUCUUCGAAACCUUCGGAGCCGGAAAUGCACCAGCGGGACCAGACGGAGCCAUGGUGCACGUUCUUGGAGAUGCAGUACAGAGGGGAAUCGUGAUUGUCAAUGUAACACAGUGCCUGAGCGGCAACGUCAGCCCGACAUACGCUCCUGCAACGAUCUUAGGACGCGCAGGCGUUGUCUUUGGACAGGAUCUAACCACAGAAGCGGCUCUCACAAAGCUUGCUUAUCUGCUAUCCAGACCUAAUGCAUCUCCUGCAGAUGUUGCGAGGCGGAUGAUGAUCUCGAUCCGAGGCGAGCUGACCGAGGCAACACGGACGCACUUCGAGCACCCUCAGAAGAGCGGUCUGAUGACCCCAGAAUUGACAAGUCUGACGGCUCUCGGAUACGCAAUCCAGAAGGGCGACCUGCAGGAAACAAGGGAUAUCAUUAGGAGUGAGCCUCGCUGGCUCCUGAAUGACGCAGACUACCAGGGCUGUACCCCAGUUCAUCUCGCGGCGACAUGUAAUAAUGUCGAGAUCCUUCGCGACUUUCUUGCCCAGGGAGCCUCGGUCCAUCUACGCAACCGCACAGGCAACACCCCGCUUUUCUUGGCUGCGGCAACAGGGUUGAGAGAUCACGUACAGAUGCUCAUCGAUGCCGGCGCACAUCUUCACUCUGAAGAGCUGAGUGCAGCAAAGCUGCAUGCAGCAGAGGGCGACGGCAACACUGGGGUCUGGCAGCUUGUCAUUGGCUGA